AUGGAGCUCAAGGGUACACCACUGCCGCCCAAGGACGAGUUCGCCGCGGAGACGUCGUCGUCGUCGUUUACCGUGGAGGUGACCGUGCUUUCCGCGGAGGAGGUCGUCAUCGGGGACCGCUGGCGCCGCCCGCUGGACCGCGGGGCGUACGCCGAGGUGCACGUGGGGGGCAAGUCGGAGGCGUCCACCGGCGUCAACAGCGAGAAGGGCGACUGCAACGGGUACCCCUACUGGGGCGAGGCGGUCCGCGUAACGGUGCCGGGGCACGAGAAGGCGAUCGGCGUGGUGAUCUACCGCCGGCAGGAGCCCGUGGCGAAGGCGAGCGUGCCGGUCGCCGACUUCAGCGUCGGUCCGCCAGGCCACCUGCAUUGCCUCAGCUAUCGGCUGUUCGACGCUAAGUCCUUAACGAAGAGCCGCAACGGCAUCGUCAACAUAACCGUCAAGAGGCUCGACGGCGCGGCGGUGCCACGUGGUAAAGGGAAAGGCGGGAAGGCCGUGGAGGACGCCGCGAGUGGCACUGGUGAUUCCUGCUGUGGUGGUUUUGCCGUGGACGGGAAGGUGCCGACCACAACGGCGCCGGCACCGGCCGGUGCGGUGAUGGGCUAUCCCGUCGAGUUCUCCGCUGCUGGGCAGGCUAAAGGAAAGGGCUGCGUAUAG